ACUGAAAAAUAUGUAUUAAAAAAAAUUUGUUCUUCUCUUACCUCUUCUUCCGAGAGAAAUUACCAGAUUUGAUUCCACAUUCAAUCUCGCAGUUACGACGUCGUUUCCCACGUGCACAUCCAAAAUCCUCUCUUCAGAUCUGCUGAUGUAAUAACCCUUCCAAUUUACCCAAUUUGUUGCGAUUCGUGCUUUUUUCGAUUGGCAGAGAAAAUCUAUGGAUUCGGAUGAAUUCCGAUCGAUUUUGUCGAGAUCGGGAGUCGGAAUCUGGGCGCUGAUUGACGCGGCUAUCGGAGUCGCCAGCUCCGACUACGGCGAGGAGCUGCGCAGCCGGAGAGACGGAAUCGUCGAAUCGCUCUACGCAUCCGCGGGGCAGCUGUGCCGCAGCUGCGGCGGCGGCGGAGAAGCCGAUCAGGAUCACCGAUUUUGCAAUCGGAGCAGCAAAGUCGAUUACAGCAGCGACGACGUUGACCACAAGGAUAACGAUAGCAAUAAGAAGAAUAACGUUGCUGUUGAUGAUGAUAGGAAUAUGAAUGGGGAUUUUGGUAAGACUGCGCUGACUCCGGAUUCUGACCAUCUGAAUCUUAACGACGAAGAAGGCGAGGUCGAUCCGUAUGCUGGAUUGUUUGAUGACGAUGAGCAGACCACAAUUUUCAGCAUUAAAGAGCAGCUCGAGGAUCCGCAGCUGAGUGAAGAAGCUGUGGUGGAGUUGCUGCAGACUCUUGCAGAUAUGGAUAUCACAUUCCAAGCUCUCAAGGAUACUGAUAUAGGAAGACAUGUGAAUCGACUGAGGAAGCAUUCUUCGAGUGAAGUUCGUAGAUUGGUGAAGCAGCUUGUUAGGUUCUCACUUUCCCCCAAUAAACAAAAAAAGCCCUUUUUGGGGAAGAAAUGGGAUUUUUGGAGCUUGGUUGAGUUUAAACUUGUGUUCCUUGUUUUGGAAAUUUGGUCUUUUUGCCUAUUUGAAUGCAGAAAAUGGAAGGAAACUGUGGAUGAAUGGGUUAAGGUGAACCAGCCACAAUCAACUACUGCGAAUCUCAUUGCUGAUGUGGACUCACCUCAGCAGAACAUACCCAAAAAUCAACAAAAUGGCCAUCACCAGGUCCCCGAUUUUGGGUACUCCCCAAAUCCCAGGAAUGGGGGUCCGACUCCAGAAAGGAAUUAUGUGGAAUAUGAGCCUAAACCUAAGCCAUCUCCAUCUGCAGCAGCUCGGAGAGAAGCUCCAUCAAGGCCUCCACAAUCAGUUUCUAAAUCUUCCUCUGCUCCUCCUCCUAACAGAGCGCAAAGGGAAACUAUUGUAGACGACGAGAAGCUGAAUUCAGCAAGAAGACGGCUUCAAGAGAACUACCAAGAAGCUCAGAAUGCCAAGAAGCAACGAACGAUCCAGAUGAUGGAUAUUCAUGAGAUCCCUAAACCGAAAAACACCUUUUUUGCCAAGAACAAGGGCGGUUUUCAGGGGAGGCACCAUCGAUGAUAUGCUAUUUUUGUCGUGUUCUUCUUCUUUCCUUUCCGCAUUGUACCAUAAAAUGGGAUGCAAAUUAUCCGAGGGCCUCCAAAGAAGCAGUUGGUCGCCUCUCGGUUAACAUUUCGUGUUUAUUACAAACAAACAAGAGUUAUAUAUGAACUGGUGAUUUUGGAGAUUAA